AUGGCUACGUGGAGGCGGGAUGGCCGGCUAACCGGCAGCCAGCGGCUGCUGUGUGCAGGGCUGGCGGGAGUGUUCAGCCUCAGCCUCACGGCGCCCCUGGAGCUCGCCACCGUGCUGGCCCAGGUCGGCGUGGCGCGAGGCCACUCCCAGGGGCUGUGGGCCACUGGACGCCAAGUGUGGCUAGCCGAGGGGCCGAGGGCCCUGUGGAAGGGGAAUGGCGUGGCGUGCCUGCGCCUCUUCCCCUGCAGCAUGGUGCAGCUGGCUGCCUACCGAAAGUUUGUUGUGCUGUUCAUGGAUGACCUGGGCCGUAUUUCCCAGUGGAGCUCCAUUGUGGCCGGAAGUCUCGCGGGCAUGGUCUCCAUGAUUGUCACCUACCCUACGGACCUCAUCAAAACCCGGUUGAUUGUGCAGAACAUGCUGGAACCAUCUUACAGGGGGCUCAGCCAUGCUUUUUCUACUAUUUAUCACCAAGAAGGGUUUCUGGCCCUUUAUCGAGGGGUAUCCCUCACAGUUUUAGGCGCUGUUCCCUUCUCUGCUGGUUCCCUUCUAGUCUACAUGAACCUGGAGAAAAUCUGGAAUGGACCCCGGGACCGCUUCUCUCACCUGCAGAACUUUGCCAAUGUCUGCGUGGCUGCUGCUGUGAGCCAGACGCUUUCCUUCCCCUUUGACACCGUGAAGAGAAAGAUGCAGGCUCAGAGUCCUUAUCUUCCCCAUCAUGGAGGAGUAGAUGUCCAUUUCUCAGGAGCAGUGGACUGCUUCCAGCAGAUAGUGAAGACCCAAGGGGUCCUGGGCCUCUGGAGCGGACUGACAGCUAACUUACUGAAGGUCGUUCCAUAUUUUGGAGUUAUGUUUAGCAUGUUUGAGUUCUGCAAAAGAAUUUUUCUUUAUCAAAAUGGUUACAUCCUGUCCCCACUGACCUACAAACUGACCCCAGGGGUGGACCAAAGUUUGCAGCCCCAGGAGUUACGGGAACUAAAGAAGUUCUUCAAGCCCAGAAAACUGGAAUCUAAGAAACCAACUCUGUAGAGCUGAAUGGACGGCGUGCAGCAGUCGCAAGUGACUAUGCCCUCCUAGCUGUGCACAUUGGGAGGAAUGAGAGGGUCCUUCUGCCUGCUGCUCUUGGAGAUGUGACCACGAGGCCAUACAUCACAUCAGAACCCCAAAUUUUCCCUGUGAAUACCUGUGCCUUGAGAAGCUUUUGUGACACUGCUCUGUCACAUGGCGCUCCACCAGACUGUACGGAAGCCUAGUGGCAAUCAGAUGCACAGGAUAUGGCAUCUUGCAGCUGAAGUAGCAGAGCAGAGACCAUGUCACAAGCCCAGUCCCCAGAGUCCAGGUGAAGUAAUCCAAGUUUCUCUAACUGUGACCUGUGGCUUCCCCAUAUAGACCUCCUUAAACUUAGACCUUUGUGAGCUUCUGAGAGCACAAACCACCAUGUAGGUUAGGCCUUAGCAAAAAUCCUAAAUGAAAAGUUUUUGGUGUUUUUUUUUUUCAAAUGAUCUUGCUAUGAAGUGCAGGCUGCCCUCAUUCAUGAUCUUCCUGCCUAGACUCCCAGACACCUGAGAUUUCAGGUGUACACUGCAAUGCUCAUCCUUGGAACCCUAAUUCUUUUUUUUUAAGAUUUAUUUAUUAAGCAUACAAUGUACUGCCGGCCAGAAGAGGGCACCAGGUCUCAUUACAGAUGGCUGUGAGCUACCAUGUGGUUACUGGGAAUUGAACUCAGGACCUUUGGAAGAGCAGCCAGUGCUCUUACCCUCUGAGCCAUCUCUCCAGCCCCGGAACCCUUAUUCUUUAUUGAAAACUCAAGCACCCCAAGCCUAGAAGCUUCUAUUUCAAGAAGGCAGUUUUCCCCAUGACUUCUUAAGGAUGCACUGACAUUCCUGACUGACGUCAUGCACAGUUCCAGCAGCCUUGAUUAUCUGCCUUUUUAACUUCUUUUAUAAGCCGACCCUGAAAAUAAAUUAUUCAAUCAUUUUCUGUUAUUCUCACAAGAUGCCCUAAUUGGCAUAAAAUAAAAAUCUUUUAGGCUAAUCACCCAUUGGAGAAACUUUUGCUUGUUUGUUUUUUGUUUGUUUUAAUGUAAUCAAAUGAGGAUUCCAUGUAAAAUUCAUAUAGCUGUACUUUCCAAAUAGUACCAAUCAUGUAUUUUAAACACAUUAAUAUGUUAACACGAUGUGCUGGUGCCCACUGCAGUCAUAGCCCUUGGGAGGCUAAGGCAGGAAGAUCAUGAGUUCAAGAUCAGCCUUAGCUAUGUAGGUAAGUUUAAGUUGUUCUUGUGCAUA